UGGACCAUUACAGAGGAAAACGACUUUUACGACCUUUACGACGGUUCAGUCAAUGGCGUGCGAAUCGAAAUACGGCAGUGAGAAAAAGAUGGCGGAGGGAGGUAAUGAUGCAGAGCUGCUGAAGGAGAAGGCGAAUAAGUACUUUAAAGAAAAAGACUAUGACAAUGCAAUCAAGUACUACUCAGAGGCCUUGGAGGUCAAUCCAUCCAAUGCCAUCUACUACAGCAACCGAAGCCUGGCAUACCUUCGCACAGAGUGCUAUGGCUAUGCCCUGGCUGAUGCCACCAAGGCCCUGGAGAUAGACAAGAACUACAUCAAGGGGUAUUACCGCCGUGCCACCUCCAACAUGGCACUGGGCAAGUUCAAGGCAGCACUUAAAGACUACGAGACGGUAGUGAGAGUUCGACCAAAUGACAAGGAUGCGAGGAUGAAGUAUCAAGAAUGUAACAAGAUUGUGAAGCAGAAGGCUUUUGAGAGAGCCAUUGCCAGCGAUGAGAUAAAGAAGUCUGUCGUUGACUCUCUGGACAUUGAAAACAUGACGAUUGAGGAUGACUACGAUGGCCCCAAGCUUGAAGAUGGGAAGGUCACGUUGACGUUCAUGAAGGAGAUGAUGGAGUGGUUCCAAGAGCAGAAGAAACUACACAGAAAGUGUGCUUAUCAGAUUUUGGUGCAAGCCAAAGACCUUCUAUCCAAACUACCCAGUCUCGUGGAAAUACAGUUGAAAGAGACAGAAAAAAUAACAAUUUGUGGUGACACCCACGGGCAAUUCUACGAUCUCCUCAACAUCUUCCAGCUGAAUGGAUUACCCUCCGAGACCAACCCUUAUCUGUUCAACGGAGACUUUGUGGACCGCGGCUCUUUCUCUCUUGAGGUCAUUCUCACCCUCUUUGGCUUCAAGCUGCUCUUCCCCAACGACUUCCACUUGCUUAGGGGUAACCAUGAGACAGACAACAUGAACCAGAUGUACGGAUUUGAAGGGGAAGUCAAAGCCAAGUUCACAGCCCAGAUGUUCCAGCUGUUCAGCGAGGUCUUCCAGUGGCUGCCUCUAGCACAAUGUAUCAACAGCAAAGUUCUGGUAAUGCAUGGUGGACUGUUCAGUGAAGACGGUGUCACUUUGGAAGACCUCAGGAAGAUUGAGAGAAACAGGCAGCCUCCAGACUCGGGCCCCAUGUGUGACCUCCUCUGGUCAGAUCCUCAGCCUCAGAACGGCCGAUCAAUCAGCAAGCGAGGAGUGAGCUGUCAGUUCGGGCCGGACGUGACGGAGCGCUUCCUCAAAGAGAACAAGCUGGACUUCAUCGUGCGGAGUCACGAGGUUAAAGCUGAGGGCUACGAGGUCACUCACUCAGGGAAGUGCAUCACCGUGUUCUCAGCACCCAACUACUGUGAUCAGAUGGGAAACAAAGGAGCUUAUAUCCACCUCAGGGGAUCAGACCUUAAGCCAGAAUUUCACCAGUUCACUGCUGUGCCUCAUCCGAAUGUCAAGCCCAUGGCAUAUGCCAACACGCUAAUGCAGUUGGGGAUGAUGUAGAGGCCACACUUAUCUGUCUGUGACACUGACGACCUCCCAUCUGACCUGAACCAUCCCAGCCACCUCACUCCCUCCAGCGCGCGGACAUGCUGUCGUUCAUGCUUGACCUAAGGGAUCCCUCUCCCUGACAAAUUCCACUAGUUGUAUGCAGAAAACACGUGGUGCAGUUCAGAUGGGAAGAGAUCACUUAACACCUGCCCAGUGCAGAACUGGGUUCAUUCUCUCAUUAUAUCAGUUAAAACUGGAAGUCUCCUUUUUCCGUUGUCCAUCUUCCAACUUGUAUGUUCCACCACUUGGUAAAGAAACCAACCUUGAGAUAUUCAGAUGUGACCUUGGAGCUGUUUGGUUCUUUAGUAUGUGAUGUUCUCAGCAGAUAGGAUCACAUAGGUGGUAUCUACCAAAGAUCUGUAAUGAUUGUUCAGUUUUUACAAGGAGCGUCUUGUGACUCUGAAACCGAGCAUUGUACUGUCGGCCUGUGUACACGGCUGGAGAAUUGUAAACUGGGUGAAGAGCAGUCUGUCAGUGUUUCUAAACCUUCCUACAGUAUGUCAGUUUAUUUCCCACUUUACAGGUAUUCAAAAUAGAAUAACACGACCCCAGCCUCUUCAAAUAAUAGAUUGUUUCUGGGUACACUUUAAACGGUGCUGUUUGCCAUUAGUAGUGUAUUUAGUCCGUUCAGUCAUGAAGCUGGUGACGUUUAAUUUGCACUGCUUCCUAUCAAGGAAGAUACUGCUGCUCUCCAUGUUUUCAUCCUUGACCUUCAUCGUGCCACUCACCUGGCAGCUCCUGCACAGUCUACUCUCCAAACGAGCUUUGGUGUACGGCAACCACUGAUGGCACUGUAGUCACGAUUAUUGUUCAAAACCCGGUGAUUAUUACCCCAAUAUGUGGAUUUCUUCAUUACACAAAACGUCCAAAAUGCAACCCUGUCUUGAAACGCACAGCUGCAUUGUCCAAUGGCCCUCAACUUUUUAGAAAAAGAAGUACACGUACGUGUAUGUAUAUAUACUGUAUCAUUUAAAGAUUCCGUGUUAUGUUUGGAAAAAAAUAUUGAAUAAAAAAAUGAAGUCCAGUCA